UUUAAACUUCAAGCAUCAGAAACUGCUUUAUUUGCAACCAUAUAGUGCUUAACAGAAGAAGGUCACAAAACCCGUCAGCUCUCAUUACGUCAUCUGUGUGCGACACUACACUAGUAAUACAGUGUUGCUUCACCAACACGUGUGUCGACCGAGUUUGCUGACACACAACAUAAACCUUAACCUUUUUAAUAACGCUUAUAAAAACUUUCCCAUGAGUUUUGUGGAGUACUCGGACCUUAUUCAAGAAGGAGAUGUGGUCAUCAUCUUUCUUGGACAUGAUUCUAUGAUGCCCAUCAAAGUGGAGUCUGGUGCUCAAACACAGACCCGCUAUGGAGCCAUUCGCCAUUCCACUGAUUUAAUCGGUCGACGGUUUGGCUCUAAAGUAACAUGCAGUAAGGGUGGAUGGGUGUAUGUACUGCAUCCCACUCCAGAGCUAUGGACUGUGAAUUUGCCCCACAGAACCCAGAUCCUUUACACAACAGACAUCGCCAACAUCACCCUGAUGUUGGACCUCAAACCCGGCUCUGUUGUGUGUGAAUCAGGUACUGGGAGUGGCUCACUGUCCCAUGCUAUUCUUCGCACCAUCGCACCCAAUGGCCACCUGCACACGGUUGAAUUUCAUGCCCAGCGGGCAGAAAAGGCUGCACAAGAGUUCACAGAUCACAAGGUGGGCCAUCUAGUGACUGUCCGAAACCAGGAUGUGUGUAAAGAUGGCUUUGGAGUUGUGGGUGUAGCCGAUGCAGUAUUUCUGGACAUCCCAUCACCGUGGGAGGCCAUUAUGCAUGCCAAGAAAGCAUUCAAACGCAGGGGGGGACGUUUGUGCUCAUUCUCACCAUGUAUCGAGCAGGUCCAGAGGACAUGUGAGUCUCUGCUGGAUCAUGGCUUUGAGGAGAUCUGUACUCUGGAGGUUCUGCAGAGGGUACACGAUGUCCGCUCUGUCACGCUUACCUUACCAGACUUUGGCCCAGAGGAGGGCGGAACAGUUACCAAGCUAACAUCUGAUCCUGCUCCAGUGGAAGUUCCACCUACAGCAAAUCCUAGCUAUUCUUCAGUGACCUGCAAGACUACCACACCGCCUAGAGAGAUGGCUGGACACACGGGUUACCUCACCUUCGCUACCAAACCACGGGUAUAGAAUAUACCUGCUAGAUAGCUGCUUUUACUAAGCAGCUUCUAAAUAUUCAAGUUAUAAUAGUCUUUCAUGCUACAAUGAGACUAAUAAAAUGAUCUAUUUUAUAAUAUUUUUCCUUCAGUCUCCUCUAAAGGAGGUAAAUUACAGGCUCGUUCGGGGUAAGGUUAACUGCUUGAAGCACGAACGAGACUUUAGCUCUGUGCUCCUAUUAUUUCCUUUAUUACAGUCUCUCAUAGUUAAUAUGAACAUAGGUUGUGUUAAGUUAAAAGAUGGACUAAUAACUUGUUUAUUAAGGUUCACUGCCCUUUGUAUAAUAACCAUCUUUAAUUUCGUUCAAAGUAUGACUGUGCAUUUGAAUAUUGUGUUUUUUUUUUUUUUUUUUGUUACAAUAAAUUUUAAAUGAGAGGAAUUA